AGAGCAGAGCUGGCCUCAAACCCACACCCACACACGACUGCUGUGUGUUCCAAUUCCAGUACAUUCUCACUUACUGGAGGAAAUGUUGAGGAAAUGGGAUGUCCCAGAUUAUAAGGUUCCUGGGAUUUCAGACACAAGACCAGCGGGACUCCAGUCACCCCUACCCCAGCUCUCCAGGACUCAGUGCUUCCAGCUCUGAGUGACGUCCCAGCUCUGGUCCUUGCUGAACAACCAAGGUGGGAAUCACAGCCUCCAGACCCCCCCACAGUAGAGACGGGGUUUCACCAUGUUGGCCAGGCUGGUCUCAAACUCCUGACCUGAAGUGAUCUGUCUGUGUUGGCCUCCCAAAGUGCUGGGAUUACAGGGCUGUGACAGCCUCAGAGCCGUGUUGGCCCAAGCAUGACAAUGAAUUAUGAAAACUUGCAGCACUUGGAGAGUGAGGAGAAAGUCCAGGGGUUUAGAAAUGGGCUGCCUCCUCCCCAGUCCCUCCUGCAGCGUCUCCGCUCUGGGCUCUGGCGCCUCCUGCUGGCCCUGGGCCUCGGCCUCCUGCUGCUGGUCAUCAUCUGUGUGGUUGGAUCCCAAAAUUCCAAAUUUCAGAGGGACCUGGUGACUCUGAGAACAGAUUUUAGCAACUUCACCUCCAACACUCUGGCUGAGAUACAGGCACUGACUUCCCAGGGGAGCAGCUUGCAAGAAACGAUAGCAUCUCUGAAAGCUGAAGUGGAGGGUCACAAGCAGGAACUGCAGACACGGAGCAGCUUGCAGGAAAUGAUAGCAUCUCUGAAAGCUGAAGUGGAGGGUCACAAGCAGGAACUGCAGACAGUUCAUUCUGAAAUCCUCCUGCGAGUCCAGCAGCUGGUGCAAGACCUGAACAAACUGAGCUGCCAGGUGGCUAUUCUCAAGAACAAUGCCACCACCGAGAGGACCUGCUGUCCCAUCAACUGGGUGGAGCACCAAGGCAGCUGCUACUGGUUCUCUCGCUCCGGGAAGACCUGGCCCGAGGCUGAGAGGUACUGCCAGCUGGAGAACACGCACCUGGUUGUCAUUAACUCCAGGGAGGAACAGAAUUUUGUCCAGGCACAUCUGGGCUCUGCAUACACCUGGAUGGGCCUCAGUGAUCCCGAAGGAGUCUGGAAGUGGGUGGAUGGAACUGACUAUUCGUCCGGCUUCCAGAACUGGAAGCCAGGCCAGCCAGAUGACUGGCAGGGACACGGGCUGGGCGGAGGCGAGGACUGUGCCCACUUCCACCCAGAUGGCCGGUGGAAUGACGACGUGUGCCAGAGGUCCUACCACUGGGUCUGCGAGGCUGGCCUGACCCAGGCGAGUCAGGAUAGUCACUGAGCUGCCUUUUGCUGGACCACCCAGCCGUGGAAAUUGUGGUGGGAGGAGGAUUCUUCCCAGGACCUCUCCACAAGACUGCUCUGGGAGAGGAAUAAGCCCUGGAAGAUUGGAAGCGCUGCCAACAUUUUGAAUUUUUUUCUCCUUAAUUUUACAAAGAUGAUAUAGAGUUCCUAAGCUUUUGUUUUUCAACUUUUGAAAGUCAACUUCCUUAAGGUAUAAUUUUUACAUAAUAAAAAUGCGCUCUUUCAAAGAGUA